ACACACACACACACACACUUGGCUAAAAGUCUGUGAGUUGCUGCUCUGACCAACAGCAAGCAGAGAGAAGAGAAGAGGAAGAGAGGAGGAAGAGAAGAAGACAGAAACUUUCUCCAGAUUAACCCACGCAGCUUUCUAACACUCCGCUUUUUAAAGAUGCGGACUGGUUGCUGGUUUUAUUUAACAUCUUUUGUCCGACAAAUGACGCAUUGGAGAAACUGAAAGUGGAUUUUACAGAAGGAUCUGCUGGAGAACACUGUUUUUUUUUCCUUGGAUUAUCAAAAUGCGCAUUUUCUUUCCUGAUGUCAGAAAGUCGGCCGACGUUUGGAGCGCAAGCGAGAGAAGAUCCUGUGCUGGAGUAAAAACUCUUCUGGAGUUUUGCGUCCAGAUCUAGUGCUCUCUCUCUCUCUCUCUCUCUCUCUCUCUCUCUUUUUCCGGAUCCCUGUUUUUGCACUUUUUUCACGUGUUUUUGCGUGAAGGCAUGCGGUGCGCACGGGGCGCGUGGAAGGAUGCUGCUGCUUCUGCUUGUACAAUGGAAAUGAAGAGCACUUCAGCAGCCGUGCUUUUGCUUUUGUUUGUGCUCUUUUGUCCUGCUUUCAGCCAAGAACUCAAUCCCAAGGGCCGGAACGUGUGCAGGGUACCAGGGUCUCCGGGGUUUGCGUGUUGCAGUGGAUGGGCACAACAAGGAGACGAGUGUUUGACACCUCUCUGCGAGGGCAAUUUCACUUGCAAGGAGAACGAAGUGUGUGUCCGACCAAACGAGUGCCGCUGCCGUCAUGGAUAUUUUGGAGCGAGCUGUGACACCAAGUGUCCUGCUCAAUUCUGGGGUCCCGACUGCAAAGGCAAAUGCACGUGUCACCCUAACGGCAAGUGUGAUGAUGUAACAGGCAAGUGCACAUGCCACCCAAAUCGCUGGGGCGAGAACUGCGAGAAACCAUGCCCAUGCCAGAAAGGCAAGUGUGACCAGGAGACCGGCAAGUGCACGUGCCAUGCUGGCUUUUGGGGUCCGCACUGCAGCAACAACUGCUACUGCAGCCUAAACUCAGUGUGUGACCAGAGCUCAGGCCGCUGCCUCUGCUCUCCGGGGUGGUAUGGGCGCAACUGCGGUGCCCAGUGUGCCUGCAACAACUCACCUUGUGAGCAGUUCACCGGCCGAUGCCAAUGCCGUGACCGUCUGUGGGGCCCAAACUGUGAACGCUACUGUCAGUGCGUGCACGGGAAAUGCAACCAGGCAGAUGGCUCUUGCACCUGCAAACCAGGCUACAGGGGCAAAUUUUGCAGGGAGCCGUGUCCUGCUGGGUUCUACGGGCAGAACUGCAGGAACAAAUGUGGUCACUGUAAGGGUCAGCAACCCUGUAAGGUCACAGAAGGACGCUGUGUUACCUGCGAGAAAGGCUGGAAUGGCACCAAAUGUGAUCAGAUGUGUGCACCAGGCUUUUUCGGAGAGAACUGCAAAGACGAGUGUCCACCAUGUAAAGAUGGCCAUUAUUGCAACCGCAUCGAUGGGAAGUGCUCCCACUGUAAUCCCGGCUGGAUCGGAGAUCGCUGUGAGGUUCGCUGUCCCAAUGGCACCUAUGGGGAGAACUGCGAGAAUGACUGCAGCCACUGCUUUAAUGGAGAAUGUCAUUUUGCUACAGGAGAGUGCCUCUGUGAUCCGGGCUUUUACGGGACUUUUUGCAAUCUGACCUGUGAGUCAGGCCAGUUUGGGGUAAACUGCGCACAAACAUGUCCUUGCCAUGAUAAAAGCUGUAACCCCGUGUCUGGAGCCUGCAAUCUAUAUCCUAACCAGCGGAUGGGUGUGAUCGCUGCAGGCACGCUGGUGUCCUUACUGCUGCUCAUCCUGCUCUUACUGCUCUGUUGCUGCUGCCUCUGUAGCAACAAAGACCGCAGUAGUUCAGACCGGGAAAAUUCAACCAGCAGUAAGAAGGCCAAGAGGAUCCUGUGUGGACGAUUUAGCCGAAUCAGCACAAAGCUUCCCAGAAUUCCCCUGCGCAGACAGAAACUCCCCAAAGUCGUCGUAUCUCGCCAUGACCCUGAGAACACCUUUGACUGCAGUUUCAUAGAGCCCCCAUCUGCCACCGAGCAUCAGACUCCAUCCUGGUCCUCCCAGGAGUCCUUCUCCUCUUUUGAGACAAGUGAAGAUGGCCCAGUUUACUGCGUACCCCAUGAAGAUACCAUAAAUGAGGGUAAUGCAAGACCCAGCCCCAAUGCCACUACAGAGAAUCUAGUGGCUGUGAAUGAGGAUGAUGCUGGAGAGUACACCUCUCUCAAAGACACAAGAGCGACAACAAAGCCUAUCAACGAUGGCAGUGAGCAGCCGCUGCUGAAGUCAGACAGUGAAGGCUCCACAAGUGGAUCGGAGUCAGCUAUGGGAGCUCUUUAUGCCCGAAUUGCUCGCCUCUCUAAGAAUUCCAAAGAGGAGGAGGACAGCACAGCUGAGACCAAAGCCAGUGACAAGGCCACAUCCCCUGAGAAGACCAAACCCCGGCCACCAGACCCCUCUACCAAACCAAAGGUGUCUUGGAUCCAUGGAACUUCUGGAGCCAACCAAACAGAGAAGGGCCAGGCACCUUCCCCACCAAAAGAGAAGAAAAGAACCACCACCGAAGGUUCUGGAAAGGGGGAAGAGAAGCAGCGAUCAAAGGAGAAGUCAAGCAAGAAAUGUGAUCAGAAGAAUCAAGAUGGCAAGGGUGAUGGGAAUGAUUCCGCAAGCAAAACCAAAGCCCGCAAAGCUUCAGACCCCAUUGAGCACAUCAAUGGAGCUGUCCAGAAUGCCUUAAAGAAAAUUGGAAACUUCCACUCAGAUAGGAAAGGUAGUGACACUACCAAAGAGCCACCUAAGAGUCCAAAGAUCAUGCAUCCUCAUAUAAACUCAGAGGCGGCCACUCUUCUCGCUGCCCAGCUGAAAGAGAAGACCCAGAGCCUGAAUCGCAAUGAAGGCCUUUCAGUUGGAAUCAAACCCAAUGGGGUGUCUACCCCCCAGGCCAACAGGGAGAAGCCCACGCCACCCCAGAAGGCCAAGCGAUCAGUGACUGGAGCCAACAAACCCCUUCUACCAACCUCCAAUAACCUUCAGAAGAUGAUCGCUCCUGUAACAGACUCCUCCAACCCUGAGCCUCAAAGCCCAGAAAUGCAGGCCAUAAAUGGGACCCAGAUAGGAGAUGCAGGAGAUGCCACACCAAAGAAAACACCCAUUAAAAAACCACCUAGAAAGAAAGGCAAGGAGACAACCUCAGAGACAGAACCUAAGACCACUCCAAAGAUGGCUAUUAUGCCACCUCAGAUUGUCAAAUAGACAUUUAAUUCAGAAAUAACUUGGCUGACCAUGCAGUGCCUGUCUGUAGUGAAUGAAGCCUUUGAUUUAAUACUUUCUUGUCUCAUGUUCAUGAUAAACAAACUGUUGGAUGGUUAUCAAAUGGAAUUGCUGCAUACUGGGUAUAUUGUUCUGCAAGAUGUUUUGUUUUUUUCAUAUCUUUUGAUGUCCAGGACUAGCUUGGAGAAGGAACAGUCACUGGUUAACACAUUGUGCCUUGAAAGGGACAGUUGUACUGCUUGUACAUUUUUGAACAAAUUCAGUUGUACAGUAGGUGAAAUUUUAUUUUAUGAAAUUUUAUACAUAGGCAGGUCUGCAUUUACCAAACUCCAUACCAAUCUUCAUAUUGAUCCAGGCUGUCUUUUCAUAGCUAUAUGCCUUAUGAAAAAAAAGCAUAUCCACAGUAUGAGCAAAGGUAGUUCUUUGCAUAUGUGAAUACAGUGGUACUAUCGUUAAUCACAGUGGUGUGACACGACUUCUUCCACACCUAUCAUAUCUGUAAGAGAUUCUGUCAUUCUGUAACAGUUCUAUGUUGAUGUCUAGAUAUUUCAUAUAUACACCAUAUUGAGACUAUAUUUCAAUAUGUAAUUAUAUCAGGUGAAACUUGUAAAACUUGACCAAAGACAGCAUAAAGAUACCAAAAACAUACGCGGAACAUCUUCUCUCAGCUAAAAAUUUAGAUUCCAUGUUGGAUUGAGGCAAACAUAGAUGUUCUAGCAAACAGUGGAGAGUACAUACAAUGCCUCUGGGAAGUUUAUGAGUGACAGAGGAACCAUUAAUACUUUAAUGCUGCUGUUAAAGAACAUAGACAGUAAUUUUAUUUGCUUCUCGUACCAGUCUCUUAUUAUUUGAAUUGCUUACACUUUCAGAGAUGUCUAGGGGAAUAAGCUAGACCCCCUAGGUCAGAUGUCUAGGUCAGACUAUUUGUGGUUUUUCAGUAGUAAAAGAAUUAACAGCGGCAUAGAGCACAAUGUGAGGUUUUUGUUGCCUCAGCUCCAGUCACAGCAUGUGGACAACAGACCACGGACUGGCGAGAGAUUGAUAGACGGUGUCCCGUUACAGUUAGGCAAACAAGUCUGGUGCUAUGUUAGUGGGCGAACUGCCAGAAAGAGGAUUAACAGCCAACAAACUCAGCUAGUGAUUAUUUUUAACUGUAAAGUUUUUGGUUGUGUGUGGCUGUUUUAUGUGGUCCACAUUUUUCCUCAUCUGAUUCCCAGGACUGUCAGGCUCUUUACCAAUAAGUGCAGCUUACUAUAUUUUAUGGAUGUAUAACACAUAGUGCAUUUACAAAUGGAUUUAAUCCUUUAUACACUUACAAAAAUGCACUUAUUGGAUGUGUAUAAAGCAGUGAACAGCAUUAUAUGCCAGUAUCUUUAUUGUUCAUAUACAGCAACUACAAAACAUAUGUUGGUUUCGAGUUCAGUUAUCAUUACUUGUUGAAGCAUUGUCUAUUCAGGGUCAAAACUGUACUGUUUUUAUUUAAUCAGUUAUUUUUUUACUUCUCAAACAAGAAACUUUUUCUCACAUAGUUAAAAAAUUUGAGCAAUAAAAUAAUAAUAAUUGAGUAGACAAAUUGAGUAAGUAUGUAAGAAAUGAAACACUUGGGGUGUGCUUUUGUAGGAAAAUAAUCAUUGAUGGUUUGGUAUGAUGCUGCCUGAUGCUGUUACUGUUACCACCCUGAAGUUGAUUAUUUUCCUAUAACAUCACGCCCCAACCUCUAUUAUUCCUCUUAUACUACAACAAAUGGAAACUUUAAAAAAUAAAUUAUUAAAGUAUGACAUAUCAUACUGUUUAUCCAUUUAUAGUUCCAUUUAAUGUUGUGGAACGUCCAUGAACAAGUGAGUUCCUGUUAACACUUUUGUUAUACCAGGUAUAAAUAUUCAUUCCCUCCUCCAUUUUCUUCUCUGUCUUGAAGUUAAUAAGACAAAAAAUGCAGCUUGUCACGUUACAGAGAAACCAGAAAGCACUCGUCCUGAAGACUUUGUCCAAAAAAAAAGCGCUGACACUGGAGACUCCUUUCCAAAAAUGCUAAAUAAGCAUCUCCUCACAGAAACAGUUACAGUUACAACAGUUACACCUGUUUUUUUUAUUUGGUUUAUGUGAGGCAUCCAUCAUUCAAAUCCCUGAGUGUGUUUUUAUUAUAGAAAGGAAAAUGUAUUAGAAUGAGCAUAUUAAUAUAAACCUGUGAUUUUCCAUGCUGUUAUAAAACAUUCAAACAUUCACAUUAACAUUUGAGCAAAAUAUGGCAUCAAUAAUAAUAAUAAUAAUAAUAAUAAUAAUAAUAAUAAUAGAAUCACUGGUGUGCGUUUUUUAUAACUGAUUAAAUAAAACAGUUUCUUCAGUUUAGCUAAAUAAAACGAUUGAAGCUUUUCUUAUCAAACCUGAAAAAAAAGCAGUUACAUUAUAGAAUAAUUUAAAUAUUUCAUAUCUUUAAGCCUUAAAGCACUUGUAGGUUAUUCUCGGAUCAGACUGGGAAUAAACUGAUCUAAGAGAUGACAGUGGCAGAAAGAUGCAUUUUAAAAACUGGACAGUUUUGGAGUUUUAUAUAUAAAUGUCUAGGCAUUGGUGGUCGCGUUGGAUGUGUAAUGUAAGCGAGCAAUAUUAUUGAAAUUUGAUGUACAGUAAGAAUUUUUUUUAUUACCGUCAAUCUUUCUAUUAAAUGGUACCACAAAUUUCCCUUUUUAUAAUGGUUAUUUUUCUACAUUGCAAGGUAUUUUGUAAUAAUAUUGUUAUCUAUGUUUGUAAGCUGUGCUUAUAUAACGUAUAUAAUAUUUUGCUCUUUCUUUUUGUUUUGUGUCAAAUGAACUGGCUUUCAAAUUUGAUACUUUUUUAAUCCCUCCUGCUUUUUACAUUCAAGCAUCAGGUACAAACCUAUACAUAUGAACACUUUACUUACAAUGUGUUGUUUCAUCAUGUUUCUCUGUGGAUGUUAUUGUUUUAAACGGUAAAUCAUAUGAUACAGAGGUCAGCGAGAGAUCAACUUCAUCUACGCUUAAAACCGAGGUCCAGUGAUUGAUGACAAAGAACACAUUUUUAUGUUUUUGCACAGACCCUGAAACUGUUCCAGCUGCAGUAAUAACCCUGAGAUGCGUGUCAGAACUGUUUCGCGUUCUGAACGAGGCCUGCACUGAAGCAUGGCCCUGAAUCGGUCUGGAUCUCUCACUUCACUUCUGUUUGUUUUCAUGUUGUUAACGUGUGGUUGUUCAGUUACCUUGUGUUGAAAUAAAAAUGAAACCUGUAGCUCCUGAACCUGAA